AGGUGGUGUGUGUGUUGCGUUGUGUUGACAACUGCCACCCAAUACCAGAGUGGCCACAGCUUAACAAAGCCUUCUUCCUUUUCCUUAACCUCUCUCUCUUAUUCUCUCCUUCCCUUCACUUCUCAUCAAACCCAAAACCUUCCAUUCUCUCUCUCUCUUCUCUGAUCUGUUCAACUCUUACUCAUUGAGAUUAAGGGUCCUGCUUCGUUUGUGAAGGCGCUCUGUCACUCAGUCUCGGGAGAUCUCGCCGGAAUCUGGUUGAGCAUUUUGGUGGAAUUUGGUCGAUCUAGAGAAUGUGGUGGAUGAUGGGCGAGGGUGGAGGUGCUUACUGCUCUAAGAAGACCGACGAUUACUGCGCCGAUGUUUGUGGCCAGGAAUCAGGUCGACUGAUAAGCAUGUCAAGAGUCCGCUGCAUUCUCCGUGGCUUUGAUUUAAGGGCUCUCAUCCUUAUCAUCAUGCUUAUUCCAACAUGCAUCUUUGGCAUAUAUGCACAUGGACAGAAGAUCUCAUACUUCUUGCGGCCGCUAUGGGAGUCACCGCCCAAACCUUUCCAUGACAUCCCACACUAUUAUCAUGAGAAUGUGCCCAUGGAGAAGCUCUGCAAACUUCACGGCUGGGGCAUCCGCGAGUACCCAAGGCGUGUCUACGAUGCUGUGUUGUUCAGUAAUGAGAUGGAUAUCCUUACAAUAAGAUGGAAAGAGCUGUAUCCCUACAUAACGAAAUUUGUUCUGUUGGAGUCAAAUUCCACAUUUUCUGGACUUUACAAGCCUCUUCAUUUUGCACGAAAUCGGGAGCAGUUUGAUUUUGUUGAACCCCGGUUGGAAUAUGGGACAGUUGGAAGAACAUCCCAGAAAGGGGACAACCCAUUUGUUGAGGAGGCAUAUCAGCGAUUAGCUUUGGACAACCUUCUUCAAUUAGCUGGUAUUACCGACGACGACUUGUUGAUAAUGUCGGAUGUGGAUGAGAUCCCAAGCAGACACACUAUCAAUCUCCUGAGGUGGUGUGAUGAUACCCCUGAAGUUAUUCAUCUUCGGCUGAAGAACUAUCUUUAUUCCUUCGAGUUUCUUGUAGACAACAACAGUUGGAGGGCCUCAGUACACAGGUAUCGAGAGAAUGUGACCAAAUAUGCGCACUAUCGGCAGACAGAUGAAGUCCUGGCAGAUGCAGGGUGGCAUUGCAGCUUUUGUUUUCGCAAAAUUAGUGAGUUCAUAUUUAAGAUGAAGGCAUACAGUCACAAUGAUCGAAUCAGAUUUAAUAAGUAUCUCAACCCUACAAGAGUGCAGAAGGUAAUCUGCAACGGAGAUGAUCUGUUUGAUAUGCUUCCAGAAGAGUACACAUUCAAGGACAUCAUCGGCAAAAUGGGCCCUAUUCCUCAUUCCUACUCGGCUGUUCAUCUCCCGUCCUAUCUGUUGGAGAAUGCCGAGAAGUAUAAAUUCCUGUUGCCUGGGAAUUGCAAAAGAGAAAGCUAGUGAGCACCCUCUUUUCAGUAAGUUUUUGAUGUCUGCUGUAAAGAUAGUUGGUCGUGCAGCUUCUGUGACUCCUCAUGAUGGGUUCAACCGAACAAUCGAUGACUGUGGUGUAUCGCUGACAUAGCUGUCCCUCAUUCUCAGCUACAUUUAUAAUCUCAUUCUUUGGAAAUGUUUCGGGGCUGAACAGAGACCUCUGGGUAUUUAGGGUAAUCUUGUGUACAUAACUCUUACUGGAGUUCGGUUUAGUAUAAGGUGGAGCUUGCCUGGCCUGUCUAUUGGAAUGGAAGAGCUUGCUGCUGCACUUGAAUCAGUCGUCACAAGUCUUAUGUUCUCUUAGCUUUGAGAUUGCAUGAUUCAUGGAUAUACCGAAAUUAUUAGUACAUGGGUGCCUACCCUUGUUGGGAAAUUUUGCUUAUGAGACAUUAUUGGUUUAUGCGGUAAAGCUGACUUUGUUUGUGACAUCUGAAUUGCUUUUAGAUCUUCUAUUGAUCAAAUUGCAUAAUAUAUAGUGCAGUCUAUGCGACUUUUCCAGUAUUUAUGUUCAUCCUGUCAUUUCAGGUCUUUGUUUAGUACCAGUUAACCUUGCAUAACUAGUAUAAACCAUAUAACAGACAUUCAAGACUCAAAAUUCUUGCAUUCUGAUUCCGGUACUAACACAUGUGUGAAAUCUAUGGAACGUAGAAAUUGCUGCUCAACUUUAAACUUAGUUUGGAGACCUUGCUCUCAAUCCGCUGCAGUCUGAGAUUAUCAUCCCCUGCUUAUUUCAACUUUGGCAGUGUCUUGUU